GAUUAAUAAGCAAAGUAGAAACUGAAAAUGAUUGAACUUCUUAAAUAUUUUGAUAUUUUUUCUUAACCAAUUUAAUUUAAUGGAGAUUCUUCUUAAAAAAAGAAGACGAGUCUUGGGAUUACUCUAAGUUUUUUUAUAUUUGUUUCAACUCUUUUUUAUUUUACUUAUCUCUCUUAGCUCUACUUUAGUAAUUAAAUAGAUCCUAAAUUUAGAUCAUAAAAUUUUGUCACAAAUGAUGUUGUUAAUAUUACAUUGAGUGAUGAUACUUUUGGAUUUUAGCUAGCUCCUUAAUUUGGUUAGAAUCUCAUUUAAGAAUAAGACAGUAAAAAUAAAACAUAUAUUGUUUUCUUAGCAUUUUAUUAAUAGAGAAAUAGUAGUACUUUUAAAAGUUAAUAAUUAGAUGUUGUGAAAUGCUAAAAUCCAGAGUUAGAGGGUUUUUACUGCAUAGAUUUUUCAAGAGCUCCUAAUCUAAACAUUACAAUCAGUCAUAGAAAAAGUCUUUUUUCUGAAUUAAUAAUUUAUCCAUACAGAUGUCAAGAUACUGAUAAUUUGAAAUAAUUUGUCCCUGAUAAUUGUGCAGAUCCCUAUGAGAUUGAAAGUUAUUUGUCUAGUUUACAUAACACUUUGAAUUUUAAAAUAUAAGUUUCUUAGAUUAAUAUUACUUCAAAAUAAGUAGAAGUAAGCUAUGUUAAUAACCGACUUCCUGCUUUAGGUAAUUUUAUAACAUUAGCUGAGCUUAAGAUGAAAAAGUAGAUUACAUCAGUUAAAGAAGGAUUUUUUAUUUAAUCAGAAAGCAUCUUUUCUUCUCCAAUAACUGCUCAAUUUGCUUCAUCAUCUUUAGAUUAUAAAUCUUAUGUUAAACAGACUGGCCAAAAAAUGAUAUCUAUAGUAGUUGUAGAUGCUGAUGAAAAUGUUGAGUAUUCGUUUGUUUAAUACCCACCUUAUACAGAGGUUUUAGCACUCUGCAAUAGCUUUUUUUCAUUACUUAUGAUCCUAGGAGUCAUUUGUAAAAUGGCUGCCUUACGUAUAAUCAGAUAAGAUAUAUUUUUAUUGUUUUUAUAAAAUACUUAUUUGGAAACAUACUAAAAAAUUCUUAAAAAUUGCAAAUUAAUAGAAUUUAAAAACGACAUUUAACCAAUUUAGAGAUCUAAAAGUAUAUUUUUAGAUGAAAAUGAAGCUACUGAAUCGGAUUAAAAAAUACAAAUUCCAAUUUUUAAAGAAUUAAAAAGUUUGUCUGUUUUUAAAUAGGGUUUUAGUAUUGACCAAAAAUAAGGCUCAAGCCCUUAACAAAAUUUAUCUAUUUUAGACAAUUAAAGCUCUAUAUCUUAAUCUAAUGUACUUUUUUAGACUAAUUUAGAUUAAAGUGAUAUCAAAAAUAAGAUUAAUAGAGAUUCUCCUCUUUUAAAUGUUAAAAAGAAUAUUUUAAAAAGAAAUUUUAUUAAUUAAUCUUAGAAUCAAAAAGUAAAGAAGUUGUAGGAUAACAGCUUUUACUAAAAAAGCUAAUCCUAAAAUUUAAAGUAGGAAUUAGUGGAAGAUGCAAAUAAAAAUAACACUUAUAUUCAUACAAUAAAGUAAAUGCUAUUAUCAUUUCAAAAUAAUAGUAUUAAGCAUAAAGUUUAAAACUUACUUUUCAAAACAAGGUUAUUUAGUAGAAAUAAGUUCCUUGAAUCUUAAGGAUUAAAUAAGUAAAUGGUGGAAAAAAUAGAAAAAGAAGUUUUAUCAAGUUAAGAUUUUUACAAGGUUUAUAAAGAUAUUUUGUUUUUGAAAAAAGCUAUUAUGAUUCUUUUUAGUAAAGAUUAACUUGCUGCUUUAAAAUUAGUAGGUUAUUCGCAUGAAUUUCUAGGGUUUAAUUUAGAUAGAGAAAUAAACUAAACAUUAUUAAAUGAUCGAUUUUAGAAGAGUUAUUUAGAGUAACAGUUCGUUAUUUAAUAGUAUGAAGAGCUGUAAAGCUAAUAAGUAAACUUAUUUCUGUAGAGGUAUUAAAAAUAAUAAAAUCUAAGUUAAAUUGAUAAAAGAAUAUAUUCGUCUAUGUGUAUAAAUUAAAUUGUAUGA